CACUCUUUCAAACAAAUGGUCCAAAAUCCAAAUAACAUCACCUCAACAUAAAUUCUCAAUGGGCUUAAAGAACUCCCAAGUCCCAACAACAACCAAUUUAAAAAAAAUGUUAUUCAAUAUCAAUAUAUCAUCAUCAUCAUCAUCAUCUCCAAAUCCAGUAUCCAUCCUCUUUCUAACCUCACCAAACUCUCCAAUUCUCUCUCCUUCACUCUCCCAGAUCUCCGCGAAGCGAUCUCUCAUCGUCGCCGCCGGCGUUCCACGGAGUAAACGCCGCCGGAGACCACCGCAACCGCAGCAAAACGACAUGUCAGUCACCGUUUCUAUGCCGUUUGAGGCUGAGCCCUUUGUUAGCUCUAGAACUCGUAAUGGGGCCAGUAAAAGUAUUCCUCAAAAGAAUAGAUACUCCAUGAGCUCUAUUAGCUGUUUCGGGGUGGAGCUCACACCAGACAAUAUCGCAAUUUCCAUGGUAUACUUUGUCCAAGGAGUUUUAGGGCUUGCUAGACUUGCUGUCAGCUUCUAUUUUAAGGAUGAUUUGCAUCUUGAUCCGGCAGAGACAGCUGUGAUAACCGGUUUCUCUGCAUUGCCCUGGCUUAUCAAGCCAUUGUAUGGUUUUAUCAGUGACUCGGUCCCGCUUUUUGGGUACCGAAGAAGGUCAUAUCUAGUUCUAUCUGGACUUCUUGGAGCCCUCUCGUGGAGUUUAAUGGCCACUUUUGUUGAUGACAAGUACGGUGCCGCUUUUUGCAUACUUCUUGGAUCGCUUUCGGUUGCCUUUUCUGAUGUUGUUGUAGAUUCAAUGGUGGUCGAGCGAGCGCGUGGUGAGACACAAAGCGUAUCCGGAUCUCUUCAAUCCUUAUGUUGGGGUUCCUCUGCCUUUGGUGGAAUCGUAAGUUCCUAUUUUAGUGGCUCGCUUGUGGAUGCUUAUGGUGUAAGGUUUGUUUUUGGUCUUUCAGCAUUGCUUCCUUUAUUGACAUCUGCAGUUGCGGUUCUAGUGAAAGAGCAACGUGUUCGUGGUCCCUUAUCAUCUUCCGCAUUAGAUACUACUACUAACGGUAUCGUUGAGUUAUGGCAAGCUAUCAAACAACCAAAUGUUUUUCUUCCGACUCUGUUCAUUUUUCUCUGGCAAGCAACGCCGCACUCGGAAUCCGCCAUGUUUUACUUCACUACAAAUAAGCUCGGUUUUACACCCGAGUUUCUGGGCCGGGUUAAGCUUGUGACAUCAAUCGCUUCACUUCUUGGUGUUGGGCUUUAUAACGGGUUUCUUAAAAAUGUUCCCCUACGCAAGAUUUUUCUUGCUACAACUAUAACCGGCACUGCCCUUGGGUUGACUCAGGUUAUCCUUGUCACUGGGCUAAAUCGCAAGUUUGGUAUAAGCGAUGAGUGGUUUGCAAUUGGAGAUUCUUUAAUUAUAACCGUUCUUGGUCAGGCGUCUUUCAUGCCGGUUCUAGUUCUAGCAGCGAGACUGUGUCCCGAGGGUAUGGAAGCAACUCUGUUUGCAACCUUGAUGUCUAUAUCGAAUGGAGGGAGUGUUCUCGGGGGUCUUUUUGGUGCGGGUUUGACCCAGGUUUUGGGUAUCACUAAGGACAGCUUUGACAAUCUCGCACUUCUUAUCAUCAUCUGCAACCUUAGCUCGUUGUUACCGUUGCCUCUGUUACACCUUCUUCCUGUGGAUAUUCCCAAGGAUGAAAGGCCGAAACAGGAUAUUGAGGUUGAGUUGAAGUCUAGUUAGUUAAGGAUACAUGCGUAUGCGUUACGCACUUGAUAACUGUAUUUAGUUGAGAGAUGUAAAUAUUUAUUCGCAAAGCAACCGAUAAAGCCAACCAUAUGAGUUAACAUCCUAAUUUUGAUAUCAAGGACAAGUAUAUGAUUGUUAUAACAAGUUAUUAGUUGUUUUUGUGGUUUGAUAUUUUACUA